AGUCAGAGUGUUUCAGGAGCGCUACUGUAAUGACAGCUCAAAGCUGUCCACGUCAACACUGAUCUACCACCAUGGACUCGGAGGCUCUGGAACCAUCGCUAUACACAGUGAAGGCCGUCUUCAUCUUAGACAAUGAUGGAAACAGACUGCUUUCAAAGUACUAUGAUCCCGAGCUCUACCCCUUCAUGAAGGAGCAGAAGAAUUUUGAAAAGAACGUCUUCAACAAAACACAUAAUGCUGACAAUGAAAUUGCCUUCAUAGAGGGAAUGACGAUAGUUUACAAGAGCAGCAUAGACUUGUUCUUCUAUGUAGUUGGCAGCACUCAGGAGAAUGAGCUCAUGCUGAUGACAGUGCUUAACUGCUUGUUUGAGUCUCUCAGUCAGAUGCUGAGGAAAAAUGUGGAAAAGAGAACUCUGCUGGAUAAUAUGGAUGGGGUGUUCCAGGUGGUGGAUGAGAUCAUCGAUGGAGGGGUGAUACUAGAGUGUGAUGCCCAACAGGUCAUUGAGAAGGUCAACUACAAAGUAGAUGACAAUCCGUUAUCAGAACAGAGUGUGGCACAGCACAUCUCUGAGAAACUGGCUCUUACCACUAAUGUGUUCCAGUCAGCAAAGGAGCAGAUCAAAUGGUCAAUUCUGAAAUAGGCCAAAUACUCUUCAUGAAGGAAUCUGUAAAUUAUUGGGGGGAGAAUUUGGAAGAAAUUUCAUUUGAAUUUUAACGAGUUAUUGGUUCGAUUAAUUAUAAAAAUGAUUUGGGGGAGGUGCAGCUCAUGUUUAGUGUUCCAGUAUGUAUAUUUAUAUUUUUUGUUACAUUAUUUUAUGUCAAUUUUCUCUCUUUUUUUUUUUUUUUUUUUUGUCAUAUGAACUGUAGAAAUGUAUUUGCCAAUCAAAUUCUGAAUGAAACAUCAGUUCUGCAAUGCACAAACAUUUGUCUAUUUCCAAAGCAGUUUUAAAGCAACUUUUUUUUUGGUUUUAAGCAAACUUCUGCAUAUAUUGUCUACAGACAGUCUUUUUUCUUUUACACUGUUGCAGAUCAAAUGAUGUAACCUGUCUAAAAUUACUUUCGUCUUUUCUGUCAUUGUUAUUAUUAUUAGUCACAAUUGUACAACAUUUUUGCAAAAAGAUGCAGUUACACUACACCUGUAAUCAGGCCUAUUUUGAUAUUUGUUUAUUUUUUUAAAUGAGAGGCAAUAUUAUGCGAUUAAAAAAAAAAAAAAAAGGAAAGAAAGAAAAUGUUCGUUUUUAUUGCCUAUUUAUGUAAACCCAUUGUCCCCUUUACCCAGAAUUUGUUGAAUUUAUUUUAACCAUGUUUGAAAUAAUUAUGCACUAACGUGCAUCAUGUCUCUGACAACUAAUACAUAUUGUUUUGAUA